AUGUCGAACUCAAUGUUGACAUGCCUGGCACCGCCUUCAUCCCAUGAAAAAGUGGUUCAACUCUUUCUGUAUAUGGAUGGAAGUUCCUGGAAUUCGAGUAUACCGUUCGCAUACGCUUCAAGUGAACCUAUCUUUGAUGUGGCUCCUACAGUGAUAGGGUCAUCCGGAGGCACAAGGGUCUACAUCAAAGCUAAGAUGGAAUUGAUGGUCAACUCAGACUGCUUCUGUGUCUUUGGGAACAUGACUACUCCAGUUGUUUUCAGUGAGGGCUCUUCAUUCUGUGUUACUCCUUCCUUAAAUACAGAGGGUUCCAUAAGAACUCUAGUGUCUUGUAACAAUGGAUUCCCCGAACACGUAGCCUAUCUGCAAGCAUUGCCAACCAUAAACAUCCUCUCCAUCAGCCCAACUAUUGCAUACAUGAAUGCUGGAAGCAAUGUUAUAAUUGCUGGACAAGGAUUUAGACAGGUAGACUCUUUGUACUGUCUUGAACUGGAGGCCACGAACGCCUCCCUGUUUGAGUACGCAACUGUACCAAUCAUCCACUCCAUAAGCCCAUCCAGCGGAAGGAUUGAAGGUGGUAAUCAAGUAACCGUGUUCGGAGAUUCUCUUGGGUUGGGUCGCGACUUGAUCUGUCGCUUUGGGCACGUCACAGCACGAGCAACGAUUCUUGACUCGCGAUUCAUGACUUGUCGUGCCCCGAUCGCCUUCGACUCACAAGCACACUUUGUACAAAUGCAAAUUUCAUUCAAUGGAGUGGAUUACAGCAAUACAUUAGAAUAUCUAUACCAGAAUUUCAUCAUCUUAGAUAUUUUUCCUAUGUCUGGUCCUUUGAAGGGGGGGACUGUGAUUAGGCUUGUGUUUGCCACAGACGUAGUCUCUUCUGAUUCAAAGUGCAUCUUUGGGAAUGCUGUAACGGGCAUGAAGAUUGAUUCGGCACGAUCUGGUCAUUGUGUAACGCCAAAGAGUGAUAUGCCGGGGUUGGUAGAAAUAAAACUUUCUGGGAAUCUACAAGACUUCUUCUCUGCUGGCGCUCUCUUUGAAUUCCAGAAAUCUAUUGAGAUAAUUUCAAUCUUUCCAACUUUUGCAAGACAAAGUGGAAACUCAAGAAUCCAUGUGAUGGGCGUCAACUUUGUUCAAGGUUUCAUGCUGUCAUGCAAGUUUGGAACUGUAGAAACCAUCACUAGAGUUUUCCUGACAUCGACAGAAAUGAUCUGCAUUACCCCACCGUAUCCUGUUAGGUCUGAAAAAGGUACCCAUGUCACUUCAAUCCAAAUUUCAAACAAUGGACUUGAUUACGAAGGACGUGCACUGUUCGAGUUCGUGAAUGAUCUACAAAUUUUCGCAGCCAUUCCCAGCCAUGGCCUACAACAAGGCGGCACAAGUAUCACCGUUGAGGGCACCGAAUUUAGAGAUGUGCCAACCCUUUCGUGCCAGAUUGGAAUGGAGAGCACAAAGGCUUAUUUCAUAGACAGGAAUAGGAUAAGUUGUUUCACACCAUAUUCAAUCACCAUGGGAACUUUUUCCCUCUCUGUUUCCAACAAUGGGAUUGACCACAGCAGCAGUGAAAUUCAAUUCACGUACUUCAAAUCAGUCAGUAUAGUAGGACUCAGUCCUUCGACGGCUGCGAACUCAAUUCAGACCACAACAUACGUGUCGAUAGACCCAAAUCAAGGCAACGAGAAACCGUUUCCUCUCAAAUGUGUUUUCGGAGAUAUGAGCUACACCGUGAAUGCGGUCAGCUUGACUUCAAGUCUGCUGCGCUGCGCAGUCCCAUUACACCCGCUAGGAAUAACGAGAUUCUUUCUUACUCGGAAUGAUCAAGAUCUGGAAGGUGAAAAUGUUUUCUUCGAAUUUCUGGAAGAAACGUUUCUAUUUGCCAUCUAUCCCAACAGCGGCCUUACAUUCGGGGGAGAUCUGAUUUUUGCUCAGGGACAAGGCUUUCGAAACACCUCAACUUUGGAAUGUCAGUUUGGAGCUGUCAGGACCAAGGCUACUUUUGUGACCGAGCAGUUACUCAUUUGUUACAGUCCCUUCCAAUCUCCAGGCUCAGUCCCUUUUGAGGUUUUGCUUUCGGAAGCACAGAUUACAAACAGCAGGAUGCUGUUCACAUACACCGUGUGCCCAAAAGGUUCAUACUGCCCUGAAAAUGAAAUAUUGCCAUGUCCUCAAGGAGCAUACUGUCCGGAAGAAGGAAGCCGCAACUAUACGCUCUGUCCAGUUGGCACCUAUCAACCGGAUGCUGGGAAGGUUCAGUGUAAUCCCUGCACGCUUGGAAGAUUUUGCCCAGAAUCCGGUCUCAUUGAAGAGGGCGUAAAAUGCAUCUCGGGCUACAUCUGUGAUACACCUGGCUUGCGCAUUCCAGUGAAACCAUGUCCGCCGGGAUAUUUUUGUUUGGAAGGAACUCUGACGGCAAAUCUGACAAGUGCUGCAACCGUUUAUCGACCUCGGCCUUGCCCAGCUGGAUUCUACUGCACCUUUGGUGUAAAAACACCAAUAUCAGAAUUGAUGAACUUCUCAACUCCGCAGCCAUGCUACCCGGGUUACUACUGCAAUGCUGGAUCAGAGGGUCCGCAUGGCCAGGGCCCUUGUCCCAGCGGCUUUCAUUGCCCUCAAUAUUCACCGGGGCUGAUUCAGAAUUGUCCUCCAGGGACUUUCUGCCAGGGGGUUGGAAACGUCUCACCAAAGGACUGCCUUCCUGGGACUUGGAACAACCUGUUCGGCCAAAGCACUUGCACGCCAUGCCCGAUAGGAUCUCUUUGCCCGGACGCCUCCAUGACUUCUCCACUUGUCUGUCCAGCAGGCUACGUAUGUGAUGUUGAAGGAAUGGCCAUUUGGUCGAAGCAGUGUCCGCCUGGAUAUUAUUGUAACGAGGGAACGACGACAUCCAACGCCAGUUCAGAUAUACCGACAAGACCGAUCAAAUGUUCUCCUGGAACUUACUGCCUCAGUGGCGUAUCAACCAACAAGACUGUGAUUGGCAACUUGAACACUCCUCAGCCCUGUGCCGAGGGAACAUACUGCGAGGAUGCCACGUCUUCGCCAAGAGGGACGGCUGCCUGUCCACCAGGAACCUUCUGUCCAGCUGCAUCUUCGUCACCUACUCCGGCAAGACGCGGUCAUUAUUCUAUGCGUGCUGGAAUGGUCAACGAUGUCUCUUGCCUUCCAGGAACAUACAGCGCGAAUGUUGGAUCCGUCAAUUGUUUACUCUGCCCUGCCGGUUACUCAUGUGAAACUGAUGGGGUGGAGAUACCAGCUCCCUGUCCCUCGGGGCUCUACAGGACCAGUGAUUCACAGAUUGCAUGUUUUUCAUGCGCACAAGGAAAAUGGUCCCGGCAAUCCACCGUCCCUAGCGGAGAUCUGUGUGAGCCGUGCCCAGCAGGAGUAGUUUGCCCGGUGGAUGGAAUGUCCUCCCUGCGGCUCGCCUCACCAUGCCCUGAGGGCUACGUUUGCGGAGCAGGAACCAAUUCCAGCAAUCAGUUUGAACAACUCUGCCCUGCCGGCUAUUAUUGCGACUUUGGUACUACCCCUUCCACUCAAUUCAAUCUUCUCUGUGAAGAAGGAUUUGGUUGUCCAGCAGGAACAGGAUACACUCAAAGGAAAAGAUAUAGAUGUGAUGUAGGCUAUUAUUGCCCCAAAGGCAGCAUUUCUUCCCAACCACAAUCUACUCAAUGUCCAGUUGGUACCACGUCAGCUCCGCUUGCUACAACAGUAUAUGAUUGCUUCAAAGAUCCCAAUGGAGUAUCAAGAAUUUGCUAUGUGUCUCCAUAUUAUGACGACCUCUUUGAUGAAUGCCUUCUCAGCUACAAGUGCUCCAAGACAGUGAAGGGCCUGACUGAUUACUUGCUAUGCGUGCAACAGGGGCUGCAAGACGCAAACUAUGUCUUUGCUGACUUGUUGCAGAAUGAGUAUGCAGUCAAUACCAAUUUCUACAAAGGACAGGCAAUGACGGUAGUCAAAGCGUCAUUCGAUUGGAGAUAUUUGCCUAUCGAUAUGCAAUACGGCGAGCAUUAUCAACUUGUUAUGCACAUCUUUAAUCAAACGACUGGAAUGAAACUACAAGAAGUUCGACCUGGAUAUACUGGAACUUGGUUUGGCAACAGCGCAGUCGACAAACAUGGGAUAAUGUCGUUUCAUGUUUUGUGUCUCCGGGAUACUUAUAUAAGGUUUGAUAUCGAAAUUCUUCAUGGACUCUACAUCGAAAACAAGAAUUACACUUCUUUCCGAGAUACAGCAAAGUUCGAGGCCCUUGUCCCCAGCCGAGCUUCAUUGAAUUCGAAUGUGCCAGAACAAUUCUACAUCCUGCUUGCACGGAGCAACACGAUUGCUCCACCUCUCAACGUGGUUCCACCCACCGUCCAGGUUACCAAUAGCAAAGAUGCUAGAGGAAAUGAGGUGGUGUCAGUUCGCUUCGUGAAUGAGAUGCAGCCUCUGGUUGAUUUUGCUGGAGACAACAAAAGUAUACCCCUCAUCCCUCAGCAGUUCUCCGAUACAGGAACUGUCGCCGGUGCAUAUCUAGGAGCAAACAUUAUCUGGCCGUCAACGAACAACGUUGAUUUGACACAUUAUUUGCUGCCGUUUCUCCCUUACUUCAGCAGCUGCAGAGGGUUCGACUCUCACAUCCCUCUCUUCUUGUUGUUGGAGUCUUACGACCAAUGCAAUCUGAUCCCAUACAACCAGACAAAAUGGGUGAACCAGUGGGAUCCCUUCGGGGCUCCGAGCCCCAUUGAUAUUGAGUCUUCUAUGGACAGUUGUCAAUGGAGCAUUCAGUGCGCGUAUGAGGAAGAGAUAGACAAAGUGUCGACAGUCGAGAGAUGGUUCGAGCAGAAAGUAGGAGAGCAGCUGUUCUUCAUCAGCAGGGAUCCCUAUCCUUACUCGAGAUACUCUGCCGCUUAUGCGGGCGACAAGAUGCAAGAGGGGCUGAACUUCUUUGUGAACAUGGAGAGCUCUUCAAAGAUGGUACCGGUUACAGUCGAGCCCGGGUCGUUCAUUGUGAGCGAUAAAGAGAAGCUUAGUGGAGUGCCGAGGUCUGUGAACCUUCAAAUCAACUAUUAUCAAAGAUCCAAGAGCGAGAAGCGAAUAAUCUCUGCCACCAUCUCUUUUGAUGAUUACACUGCAAAAGUCCAGAAUAAUACCGUGGUGCGCGACUACAGUCUGAAUGUUGACUACAGGGGCUUGGACUACCUGAGCUUGUUGAACGGAUUUUCGUUUGAUCCAGAAGUUUACAUAGUCUUGUUCCUGCUCGUUGGAAUUGCUUGUUUGAUAUUUUUUAUGGUGUUCUGGGCAUUCCAAAGGAUUUUUACAAGGUUGAGCAAUCCGCCACGACUGCACCUCACGCAGUAUUUGUCGAACAUCCUAUUGCCAAUCUGGGGAUUGUUUGCUGGGCUGUUCCCCGUCCUGGUAGUCUUUGGCUUCAUUCACGGCCUGUUUCGUUCACUCGCUUACCCGGUGUUCGGCAACAUCAACGAGUUGUACACCAACUUCGGGACCGGAAGCAAGUGGUCGGAGAGCUCCAGAACAAGUGUCGCCUCCCUGCUGGGUAUUACAGCCAGCCAACAAGUCGAGCAAGGAAGGCUGGGCGUGGCGCUCAUGACCCUGGGCGUGUACCUCAGUGUCGUCACAGCAUUUGCCUUCGUGCCGGGGAAAGAAGACGCCAAGUCUAUGUUCUUGUAUGACCCGAAGAGCCUUGACGACAAGAAUACUGACGGCCUAUGGAAGCGAAAGGUGAACAGGUGGUACCGAACUCAGUUCAUCUUCUCAGUCAUCAUCUCGGUAUUGGUGAAUACGGUGGUGCUGGAAUACUCCUUCUCUGACUUCUUCAAGGCUCACCUCUACGAGUCUCUCCUUGCCAUGCCCGUGUUCUUCAUAUUCUUCCAGAACUUCUUGAAUAACAUCCUCGGAGACCUUCUGCUUGUUCAGCCCAUGGCAGUUGCGUAUCACCUGAUAGAGAUCAUAUCAACCCUCGGGGCUGCUACAUUCCUUGACUUCAUGCAAGUUUUCAUCUUCCAGUUGUUGUACAAAGUGUGUCUGAGAAUCUACAUCUAUCCUGGAAUACAGAACGCCAAGGAGUUGAUCAACUAUCUCGCUUCUGUGAUGAAACGCUAUCAAGAGAAGCGAGAUCGUGAGGACGAUCUGGAGGAGGGAGACGAAGAUUUUGAGGACGAGCUCUUCAACGAAGUUGAGUUCGAGACCUUCUCUCCAGCUGAAAACAUCAUUAUGAUGCUGUCCAAUUACUCCGCAGAGCUCGUGGUCCUGCUGUUCUACCCCUUCAUCAUUCUCUUCUUAUGGUGGGCAGAUGGAGUCGGCCUGCAGGCAGGAUCUCAUUAUGGUCUUCGUACCACAGACUUUGUGUUCUACGUCCUCUUCUCCAUCUUCGUGAUUCCCUUCCGCCUCUUCAUAGAUACUCUGGUCCUCUCAUCCAAUGAGUUGUUUCACGGCUGGAAGAUCCUCGACUACAUGAAGUAUUGCCGUCACAGAUUCUUGCGACGCUCCCAGCGAUGGAGAAGUUACGAGAGGAGCGAGGAUGCGAGCAUACAUGAGUCGCUGCAGAACCUAGAUCUGAACUGCUUCUCAUCGCAAUAUUACUUUACCAUAGGCAUGGGCGCCAUGGGGUCCUUGCUGAUCAUGUUCAGCCUGGAGAUCAUAUCUCGGAACUAUCACAAUCCCUUCGGAGACAAGAUGACGACCUUCGUGGUCCUCAUUGUGCUGUGUAUGAUUUGGAUCGUGCAGUACUUCUGCAAGAGGUUCGGCGUGAGAUUCCUCUGGAAGGUCAAGCCCCCUGUGGACGAGUACCCGAUCAAAGAGAUGCCACCCAAGGAGCUCACCCUCCCUGACCUGAGCAAGCCAGCUGCGAAAGAUGCCGACAUCACGUCCGAAUCCUUCAAGCACAAGUUCCUCAACGCCAACCGAUCCUGGCUGAUAGAACAGCUCCGUGGCAGCCUGCCUGAAGGUGGUGGGUACGGAGAUGGACAGAGCGAAGGCAGUGGGGCUGGAGGGCAAGGACAAGACCAAGGUAGAGAUCGGGAGUAUGACGUCAGCAGCGAUGAGGGAUCGAGCGAGUCUGACGACGGCCCACCAGCUACACUCGACGAUGCGGCAAAGGCGGUCGUGCGAGCCUGGGUCGCAAGGACUCGAUCGCAGCUGGGCUUACCCGAGAAAGGAAUCUCGAGACCAGACAUCUCAUCUGACUCCGAUCAGAGCUCAACAGACGACGACGAGGGGCAGCAGAAGCCCAUCUCCAACUCCACCAAGAACAUCGCCAGGCGCUGGCUUGCUCAGAUCCGCGCGGAGCAAGCAGCAAGAGGAGAGCAGCAGGGCGAGGGCCGGCUAGACAUCAGCAGCGACGAAUCUAGUUCGGAAGACGACAACGACAGGCCGAGAGCUGCUCCUUCCACGCAGACGCAGGUCAUUGCGAGGCUGUGGCUGAGCAACCUGCGCGGAAGAAGUGGCACCCAACCGCGACGAGCGCCAGUCGAGGACAUCUCGAGCGAGGACUCGAGCUCGGAGGACGACCGUAGGGAGAACAUGUUUCAAGUCAACGCCGUGACCGCGCGCAUCGCUCGCAUGUGGCUCAACUCGCUGCCGAGGGCCCAGCAGGGGCGUCAACGAGGGUUUGACGUCAGUGACGACGACUCGUCCAGCAGCGAUGGGGAACCUGCGCGGGCUCGCGGAGUCGCCAACAUCCCGCAGGCUCUGCCUCAGCCCUCUCGACGCAUCUUACAGCUGUGGCUCCAGCAGAUCCGAUAG